AUGCCCGGCCUCGAGAAGCCUUUUCUUCAGUAUGAUGUGGAUUUGGGAUUCUGGGGACACGUUCAUUAUUAUGAACGCUUUUACCCAGUGGCAGAUAUGUUGUACUUGAAAUCGACCGACUGCUACCACGACGCACUAGCUCCUACAUACGUCAUCACAGGUGCUGCG